CCUCCCACUGCCUCGAGCUGCCCAUGAAGCAGAGCAGGAAAAGGAAGCGGGACAGGAACCUAUGUGUUUUACUUUUCUGCGGCUGUGAACUAACCUUUAUGAGGACAACACAAGAGGGUAUAUACGGUGAGUGGAGACUAGCUUUAACAAUACAACUAACUCAAAACAUGAGGGAAGCCAGUAAAAUUUUAUUUGACCAUAAACUGAAUCAAAACCCUGAGUGAGCUGAUGUAUUUUUAAGUAAUCCUGUCUUGCUCUUAUCUUAAAGUAAAGACAGUCUUAUUUCUACAAGAGACACUUUUUCAAGUAAUCCAACUCCUUUGCUGUUUUGAUUUGAAGCUUUUGCUCUUUCAUUAUUUUGUUUAUUGAGGUCGCAGUUGUUUAUCCGAGUUGAGCAUGAGAUGGCACUACUGAGCCACAAGACUAAACCAGUUGGUGGUGAAAACCUGGAGAACUGGGAGUUUGUUGGCAAAGGGGGAUUUGGUUCUGUCUACAAAGCUAGGCACAAGGACUGGGGCUUUGAUGUGGCAGUCAAGAUACUCCGAGAUGAUGUUAGGUAAAUGGCUUAAUAUUUUAUUUUUGUCUCUUGUUACUUGGUUGUACAUAUUAUAAAAAAAAUUAAAAAAUUGUCUAAACUUUUUCACUAUGUUGUCUCUCUUCUCCUCAAAAACUUUCCCUUUUAAACUCCAGCCUGCCUGAGGAGAGUGCAUUGUUUGCAGAGGCAGGUCACAUGGAGAAGGUUUCCUGUGAAUAUGUUCUGAGGGUUUAUGGAAUUUAUCAGGGACUGAUUCAGGGACUCCCAAGACAGGGGAUAGUGAUGGAGUUUAUGGGAAAAGGAUCUGUUCAGUCCCUGCUGCGUGACCUUGGCGGCCCUCCGCCACAGCCCCUGGUCUCCCGCCUGGCUCAUCAGGUGGCUUUGGGCAUGAACUUUCUCCAUUCAAGGAAGCUUCUACACUGUGACCUAAAGCCAAGCAAUGUCCUGUUGAGUGAUGAUCUUAAUGCUAAGGUGAGUGGCAGACUGAACGUGAAUUUGUUUAAAAACAAAGCUGAUUUAAUUGUGGACUCUGUAUUGAAUGUGUCUCCUCUUUUUCUCCAGCUUGCAGACUUUGGCCUGUGUAGGGUUUCUGCUAGUGCUUCUGAUGGAAACAGAGAAACCGAGCUGAUUGGAUACACAUUCAAGUUCAAGCCUCCAGAAGCUUUUGACACAUCCUAUGAACCUCGCCGAGCUUUUGAUAGUUACAGGUUUCCAUUUAAGACUCCUAAAUUGGACUGUAAUUCUAUAUCUUAUAAAAAAGUUUCUUCAAUGUCACUAAAGUGUCCAAUUUUCUCUCAUUUAAUCAGCUAUGGUAUCCUGCUCUGGUGCAUUUUCACUGGGAAAGAGCCCUAUCCAGGUACAUGUGUUAGAUUAUUGUUUAGAUUUGGUGAUCUCCUCCCUUUUGACGUAAUGAAGUUACAAAUGAAAGUUUCAAAUACUUCAUUUAAAUAAUCUGUCUCUUUUUAUUUUUGUUUUUAUUUCUUUUUUCACACACUUGUCACUCAAGAAUACUUCCUUUAUUAUACCAAUAGACCUCAUUGAAGUGAUUAUAUUUGACUUAUUGAAGUUUGUCACGUGCUGAUGUGUUAUUUUGAUGCAUUUUCCUUUCACACCUGUAGCUGCUGAAUACAGUCUGGUGGCCCUGAAGGUCCCUAUAGGGGACAGACCUUGCUUAAAGGACACUGACCAGAAGGCAGAGCUGGUUGACCUCAUGAAAAAGUGCUGGGAUGGAGAUCCCUCAAACAGGCCUACCUUCAAAGGCAGGUAUUUAUGCUGUAACGUUGAGCUUGUCCUUUGAUAAUGAUAAUGUUAAACUUUGAUUAAUGUAGUAUAAACAGGGCUUGGAGGCCUUAUAGACCAGCUGUAGCAGAGGUCCACAGCUCAAGGAAGAAAAUGUGUGAUUAUUACUUCAUGGAAAUACAAUCAGAGUUCUUUCGUAUCUUGUAUGUGCACUGCAGACGCGGUAGUUCUUCUGCCUUAGCGUAUCAGUCUAUUUCUGGAGUCUGGCCUGCAGAGCAGGGCUCCGGGGGGAGCAUGGAUUUGUGAUGUAGAAAUUCCUCUGUGUCUGAAUCUGCCGUUUGGGUCUGCCAGAGGUUCCCAGUGAUCUGAAUGCAGAAAUGCUUAGAAAUAAAAAUUUCGCUCUUAGUUUUCUCAAUAAGUCUUGUAGCAUCACAAAAAUGCCAUACAAACAUGUUAACAAAAAGAAAAACAUGAUUUUUAUCGAGGUGGGUCUUUAACAGUAUUCGGCUUCUGUUUCAGAGUGCCUUGGGGUGACGGAGAAACUGUUUUCAAUGCACAGGCCGGGAGUUCCUGCUGCAGUUUAUCAAGUUUUAACAAAACUGGUACAACCUGUUUAUUUUGGUCUUGCAUAUGUAAUAUGGCACAAAAUCUUUCUGACAAUAUGAAAGAAAAAAAUAUAUAUAUUGCCUUUCUUUCUGUUUUACUGUAGGAUCCAGCAACCAGUAAUCAACAUCAAAGUAUAAAUGAGGUUGUGGGUUUUUCUUCUCAGACACCAGGUAGGUCAGUUGAGCUCAUGUGAUUUAGUUGGUAACUAUUAAUUAUUUUAGUCUCCACUUGGAAAAAUAAUGUUUUUUUUCUUUUAGAAAGUCAUGACUCCAUGGAUUGCAGACCCAUGAAAACCAAAAGUCCAUCAGUACAGGUACACCAACUCCUGUUUGCCCUUAGCCUGACAGUAAGCUAACUGUAAAUUGAUUAAUUUAAUCCGGUCAUCAGGAAGCUUCUCUGUGAUUAAGAAAGACUUUAGGGCAAACAUUCGUCCCUCAUUUAGAUUAUAAGUACAACAAAAGAGUGCAUGGAGAUGCUCAGAGGAAAUUGUGUUCAGUUUUGAUUGUAUUUCAUUUUUGUUUGAAAUUAUUAUAUGAUUAUAGUCUAAGGGAUGGACAUUGCAGUGCUUUGUUAUUGUAUUAGACCACACAUCAAGUGGAUGACUACUGUAGCUUUUAGAUGAAGAGGCUAAACUGUUUUUUAUACAUCUAUCAAUGUACUGAUGUAAAACAUAUUAUAGAAUAGUUUUUAACUUUAAUUAAUUUCUUUUUUUUUUUUACCUUUUACAAACAGGAUCCUGUUCCUGAUGAGGUCAGUGUGUAUACUAUAACAAUGAGCCCUGAAAAAAAAGGUUAGUACUAUUUUCUUGUAGGACUAAGUUUGUUUAUGUUUUUAUUUUUUCAACAAAAUAACUCAAAUUAGACAUGAUACCAGUGCUUAUAUUCAUAACAUGUGUGCUUUGCAUGCGUGCCUCUGUUCUUUGAUAUUUCAAAACAGCAAAGUUUGUCGAUGACAAACGGGCAGAUUUGAUUCAAGUCAUUUCUGAAGUCAUGGCGAUAACAGAGGAGCUCGGAGACAUGGUCCAUAGUGAAACCUACGCUUUGAUUAAAGCUAAACCCACAAGUAUGGAGAAGAUGAGGCUGCUCUAUAGCAGGACUCUUCGGUCAGGAGGCAUAGCGGUUAAAGCAGCUUUCUUCGACGCCUUAAAAAAACAUCAUCCUAAAACAGUGGAGCAGCUCGGUAGGGUUUUUCAUUUAUAUUAAAAUAUUUAAAUGUGGUUGUUUCAUUUGUCAUAAGUCAUCAAAUAAUUGCAAUUCUCAUUCUCAAAUCUCAUUUUAUGUUCCCUUAGGUGGCUGAUUCCAAAGCAGUGGCUUCGACCAAUUUCCUUCAACUUUUAUUUUCAAAAUACUGUAAAUAUUGAUGCCGUUUUUUUUUACUUGUGACUCUUUUAAACAAAGUUUAUAAAUAAACUGAAAGAAACAAA